CAGUGAAGUUUGUUUCUCAAAGUACAACUGCUUUUAACGUCAGUUGAGUCGUUUGUGAAGUUUCAAUCGCUGGUUGUUGCCUUUCAACCGAGGCAGCAGUCGGAGCCAGAGUAACCGAGCAGCACUUGAACGCGGCAUCAGACCUCAGGUUCCUCACAGUACAGACACACAGGCAAGCAGCAGCGUCUUCAUGGUGGUCGACGUUAUCCAGCAAAUACACCGUCGUGGCGGGGUUGAUGUUUCGGGGACACUACCGCAGUUCGACAGCGAACCGGAGCAUGUAGGGAGCUUCGAAACGUCUUUGAGUCGUACUGCACGCGGCAGACGUAGUCGGCGUUGAAUACAAAAGGAGCCGCCGAAAAAGAGACGAUGGUUGGGAGAGCAGAAGAGGAGCUCCAGUGUACUGACAAGCUCAAAACACUUUUAAGGUUAGGAAAGAAAUUCAUCUAGUAUGUCGGACCCAAGUCAACCGAGCCAGAGCAAGUCCCAUUUAUUUCCUGGAGCCUUGCUGAAGCGCUCAAAAAGCUGUCGCAGCAACAACAGGAAGAGCCUCUGUGUCGGAACGCCAUCACCCACUUUGUCCCGACCUCUCUCCCCCCUCUCAGUCCACACAGCUGCAAGCAGCCCACUGGACAGCCCCCGGAAUGUGUCGACUAGUGCCUGCCUCAACUUUCCAUUUGCACGAAGUCACUUGGCUCGUGCGGACAGAGCUGAGGGCCGUAGAUGGUCCCUGGCAUCCCUCCCCUCGUCGGGCUAUGGAACCAACCCACCAAGCUCCACUGUUUCAUCCUCGUCAUCCUCCCAGGAGCGCCUUCAUCAGCUUCCUUAUCAGCCAACCCAAGAUGAGCUACACUUCCUUUUCAAACACUUCCGCAGCACAGACAGUAUAACCGACGAGGAUGGCCGGCCCACGACCGUCAUGCGACCUCGCUCUCGGAGCCUGAGCCCCGGGCGAUCAAACGUCUCCUUCGACAACGAGAUAGUCAUGAUGAACCAUGUUUACAGAGAACGAUUUCCAAAGGCCACAGCCCAGAUGGAGGAGCGAUUGUUGGAAAUUGUUACCCACUGUUCUCCAGACAGCUCCCUCCCACUGGCCGAUGGGGUGUUGGGUUUCAUCCAGCACCAGUUGGUCGAGUUGGUUCGUGACUGUUUGGAGAAGUCCCAGAAAGGUCUGGUUACAUCUCGCUACUUUGCUGAACUGCAAGAAAAGUUGGAAAAGCUGCUUCAUGAGGCCUACGAGCGCUCGGAAAGUGAGGAGGUGACCGUCAUCAUCCAGAUGGUGAGGAAAAUCCUGAUCAUAAUCUCUCGGCCGGCCCGCCUCCUUGAGUGUCUGGAGUUUGAUCCGGAAGAGUUCUACCACUUGCUUGAGGCAGCAGAAGGUCACGCCAAAGUCGGCCAGGGAAUCAAAUCAGACAUCCCUCGAUACAUCAUCAGCCAGUUGGGUUUGACGCGAGACCCUUUAGAGGACAUGGUACAGCUUCAACAGUACGAUUGCAGUCCCUCUGUGUCUAUUGAACAAGACGUCGAGAAUAAAACCCCUCAGGCUGUGACCCCAACACGACGGAAACCCUUUGAGAGCGAUUUUGAGACCAUUAAACUCAUCAGUAAUGGGGCUUAUGGGGCUGUGUAUUUGGUCCGGCACAAGGAGACUCGCCAGAGGUUUGCCAUGAAAAAGAUAAAUCGGCAGAACCUCGUCUUGAGGAACCAGAUUCAGCAGGCAUUUGUGGAGAGAGACAUCUUGACUUUUGCAGAGAACCCCUUUGUUGUGUCCAUGUUCUGUUCUUUUGAGACAAAACGCCACCUCUGCAUGGUCAUGGAGUAUGUGGAGGGCGGUGAUUGCGCCAACUUGCUGAAGAACAUGGGUCCUCUACCUGUAGAAAUGACACGGAUGUAUUUUGCCGAAACCGUCCUGGCCCUGGAGUACCUUCACAAUUACGGCAUAGUGCACCGAGACCUCAAACCUGACAAUUUGCUUAUCACAUCCAUGGGCCACAUUAAGCUAACAGACUUUGGCCUGUCCAAAAUUGGCCUGAUGAACAUGACCACCAAUCUUUAUGAGGGUCACAUGGAGAAAGACACAAGAGAGUUUGUUGAUAAACAGGUGUGUGGCACUCCAGAGUACAUUGCCCCAGAGGUUAUUCUCAGGCAGGGAUACGGUAAGCCAGUAGACUGGUGGGCGAUGGGAAUCAUCCUCUAUGAGUUCCUGGUAGGCUGUGUUCCAUUCUUUGGUGACACUCCAGAGGAGCUUUUUGGCCAAGUUGUCAGUGAUGAUAUCAUUUGGCCCGAAGGAGAUGAUGCUUUACCGAUGGAUACUCAGGACAUGAUUACCCAUCUCCUGAGGCAAAGCCCCCUUGAAAGACUGGGAACUGGUGGGGCCUCAGAAGUCAAGCAGCACACCUUCUUCGUAGGCUUGGACUGGAAUGGACUAUUACGACAAAAAGCUGAAUUCAUCCCUCAGCUAGAUGCAGAAGAUGAUACGAGCUACUUCGACACUCGAUCCGAGCGUUAUCAUCAUAUGGCGUCUGAUGAGGAUGAGGAGACCAAUGAUGAAGAGUCUUCCCUGGAAAUCAGGCAGUUUUCCUCCUGGUCGCACCGUUUCAGCAAGGUUUACAGCAGCACAGAACAUUUGCCCACACCAUCCAAUUUGAGCUUCUCAUCCGACCGCAGUCAUAGUGAGGACAAAGAAGACCGAGUAGACGUUGGAGGGCUUAGUCCCUGUACAGGCCCAGCAGAGGGCGUACUGGAGCCGAGACUCACAGGACGCAUGGCCAGCCUUUGCCCCCGUGCAUCACCCAGUUCCUCCCAGUCUGAGAGGAGCACCAGUCCUCUGGUGAUGAGCAGCACCCACAGCCUAGAGAUGACGCCCCGCUUUGCUGUCUCCACAGAUGACGAGGCUGAGGUAGUUGUUUCCAAACUUCGGAGGAUCAGGAUCCGUAGCAACAGCACAGGGGCCAAACACUCGUCCCCCAAAGAUCCGGCUGGCCUACGAUGUUUUGGUAACCAACUAGAGACACCAGACAGACAGAGGCUUCCCUAUGGAGGCAAGGUUCCCAAGUCUGCCUCUGUAUCAGCUCUGUCUCUCAUCAUCACCCCAGAUGACUCCCCAAGCGGCCUCCAGCCCAGUCCCAUCUCCCCGCGGUCAUUGUCCUCCAACCCCUCCUCUCGUGACUCCUCCCCCAACCGGGACCUGUCAUUCAGUCCCGGUAGCCUGAAACCGCCCAUCAUCAUUCACACUUCAGGCAAGAAGUAUGGCUUCACAAUGCAGGCCAUCCGCGUCUACAUGGGCGACAGUGACGUCUACACGGUGCAUCACAUGGUGUCGAGUGUUGAUGAGGGCAGUCCAGCCUACCAGGCAGGGCUACGUACUGGAGACCUCAUCACUCAUGUGAACGGAGAGUCUGUCCAAGGCCUGGUUCACACCGAGAUGAUAGAACUACUGUUAAAGAGUGGCAGCAAGGUGGUGCUCCAAACCAUCGCGCUUGAGAAUACAACCAUCAAAGUUGGUCCAGCUCGAAAGACCAAACACAAAGGAAAGAUGGCCCGUCGCAGCAAGAGGAGCAGGAGGAGAGAUAACUAUGAUAGGAGACGCAGCAUCUUGAAAAAGUUAUCUAAGCAGAGCACCGUGAUGCACAGCAGUCGCAGCUUCUCGUCAGGUCUCCACCACUCCGUUUCUUCUAGUGAGAGUCUUCCAGGUUCCCCGACUCACAGCCUCUCUCCAGGCCCCUCCACGCCCUGCCGAAGCCCUGCGCCCGACCAUCAGGCCUUUGAUAACUCUCCUCAGAGCACGUCUCCUUGCUCCAGUUCUCCUAGUUCCCCUGCCGCGCACAUCCGACCCAGCUCUCUCCACGGUUUGGGUUCCAAGCUCAGCAGUCAGCGUUACACCAAGGUGGGCCGCCGGAAGUCAACUAGCAACAUCCCGCCUUCACCUCUCGCAUGCUCCUCGUCCUCUGCACAGCCGCUUUCUCCACAGCGCUCCCCCUCGCCGCUGCCAGGCUUCGCCAAGACACUUCACCCCUUUCGUGGCAAAACCCUGUCACCGCCGACCAUUGUUAGACACAUUGUUCGGCCCCGCAGUGCAGAACCGCCUCGAUCUCCCCUCCUCAAAAGGGUCCAGUCAGCUGAGAAACUAUCGGGAAUGUACCACGCCGAUAAGAAGUCGUACACCCCUCGCAGGCACACGCUGGAAGUGCCCUUUUAUGGUGAGGGGGAGCUGCUUGUUGAUUCGGAAGCAGAGGGGGGCUUUGCAGGCUCUCACCUGGGGGUCGACCACUCCAGACUCUGCAGCUACUUGGGCGGCCAGAGGAUGUGGGACUCCGGGCUGGAGCGAUCAGAGCAGCUGGUCGUGAUGCGAAAGCUCAACCUCUCGGAGCGUCGUGACUCCUUUAAAAAACAGGAAGCAGUGCAGGAAGUGAGCUUUGACGAGCCUGAGGAAAAAAUGAGCACUACAGCCGCCCCGGGUGCUCAACAAACACAAGCCCAGAAACAGCUGGAACACAGGACCACUUGGCUGGCCGAGGCUCGAUCGCAAAAUAGCGAGGAGGUGGAGCUGAAGGUGCCCACGGUGAGGAGGUUCACCCUCGUGCCCCAGAUCGCCGUGCAGGGCUCGACGGAGAGCGAGGAACAGGAUGAGUGGGAGCCGUGUUCAGAUGGGGAGGAGGCCCAACAGGAGCUCAUGAUCACGUCAUCUCAGCCGCAGCAGCACGUGGACCUCCUUUACAAUAAGAUGAGCUGUAGUCAGGAAAAAGACACGUCCAGUUCCACACAAGUAGGACCAUCAGAUGAUAAGGCCGAGUGCAGACAGGAGACACCACAAAAAGCACAGAGACAACUCACCCUGCACUAAGGGAGGUGAAAUAGUGGCAGAUUUUACUUGAAUUUUGUACUGUACAUAUUUGCUUUGUGGACCUGCUAGUCGUAUUUAUUACAAUUGUAAAGCACGGUGCGGUAUUAAGCGGAGGCAAGAGAAGUUCUCAAUGGUUGAAUAGCCAAGGCUCAACUUUUUGUAUUCAUGAAAUGUGCUUUUUGCCUUUAUGACUGGAUGUUAAUUGUUGGAUUUUAUUUUUUAUAAAUGUCUAUUUUUAAAUAAAUUGCUGUGGUACCAAGUAGUUUGAUAAUGGUGGGAAUUGUUAUUGGACCAAAAUGUAUAAGAAAUUGUUUUAGAAUGUUACAUUCUUCAUUGUUCAACUAAAAGUUGUUUCCCCCUUUUAACCUUCAGCUUCCAUUAGUAAGACUUGUCCCAGGACCUUUGGCCUUGUGUCCACACUGUGAGUAAUAUGGUGGAUGCUUUUCUAUGCGUAGGUACUAAAAUAAGCCCUUUGUCACAGACCAGUCACAUUUGCUGCUUUGCUUUGGACUCCUAAAGCACAACACAGCAGCAUAUCAGGCACUCACUGGACUGCACAAUCAAAAAACAACUGGAAAAUGGCAUACAAUGUUCACAUUUUUAAACAUCUAUGAAUAGAACAGUAAUGUUCUUGAGGAUGAUUGUUCGCUAAGACAACAGAAAAGAAUGUGACUUAUUAGUCAUCUGACAUUUUUCUUUUGUCCCACUAACAGAAGGUCUACCUAUGAUAUUGUUCUCUGCAUUGUGAAUUUAUGGUCAUAACAGUUUUUUUUUGUGUGUGACACCAGUAUCGCACCAUUCAAGUAAAAUCUAUGAUGAAGACUUGUGCUCAAAGCCAUAUCUUUUGAAUUAGAUCGUCUUUGCUGUUUGCUUUCCAAACAGGUUGGAUGUCCUGAUGCUUAAAUGUUAAAAGCAAAGUGUCAUGUGUUUGACAUGAACUACGUUCGACAGCCAAAUUGAAGUCCGUCGUCUUUGCAACCAUGAGUUACGAGAGGCUUUUGUUAGCUUAAAACGUACUGGUUUUCCUCUUACUUUCAACAAAUGAUGCUACAAGUGUUGCUUUUGUAUGUUUAUUCACACAAGCAUGUGUGAGCCACCUUUCCAAUUCCUACUUCAUUAAUAAUGUACUAAAGUUUACAAAGCAUGUGGGGAGUGCACUAAUGUAUUCAGACAUUCAUUUUGUACUUCCAACUGAAUGUGGAAGAUAAAUAGAAAUGUUGAAUCCAAAACCAGGGCUUGUUUAAACUUUUAUAUCUAUAUUGUAUGUAUAAAUGUUGUAUAUUUUCAUAAGGUUCUAAACAGUUAAAGGAUCUGAGAUGCAGAAGGACAAUGAUAAGUUGUACAAGAGUUUACAAAGUCUGCCACGAGGGAUGUUGUCUGUAAAUGGGCUCUGUAAUGUCAUGUUGUUGGUAUUCAGUGCAGUAAUUCAUAAUCUGCUCUGAACAUUACUUCCCCCCCAAAUACAGUGGUAUACUGUAGUCUGAAUAGAUUUUAAUACUCACCUUUCUAAGCAUACUCUACACCAAAGCUGAAGCAACAGAUUUUGGAAACUUAUUUUUUAUUUUAUUUUUUUUACUUUCACAAAGAUUUGUGAACAUUGUCUUUUCCCCCCAACACAAACCUUUUGAUCGGUGUGAGUGUGUUGGAAUUGUUUACAGCAAACCUGAUAUAUACUGUACAUAUCUUUAUUUACGCUAGGCUCCAUGAUGACACUACCCUUUUUCAUACCAUAAAUGCAAGUUACAAUAGUAGAUGUUUUGUAAUUGUUUUUGCCAUUAUUUUCAAAUCCAGGAAGCUAAAUUCAAAAUCAACAAGCUAAACGGAAUAGGGUCAAUGUCAUUUUUGUAAUGACAAGUGGAUUUCUGGACUCUUGUUCUUUUAGGUUUUAAAUGGGCAAUAGACAAUGCAUCGAUUUUGACACAAAGUGUAAUACUAAUGCAACUCAGUGAUGCAGGUUUAAAGCAAUAAACCCAGCUCCCUUUUUUUUUUUUUAAUCAAUAAUCCCGAUAUAAAAUGUUGACAAAAACUAAAGUUAAUGCUGACGUUAGCAAGUUCAAGACCGUUUCAAAAGAGGCCACUUUACACGUACUAAUGCAACUACAAUCAUUAUUUUGGACAAAGGUAUUGGGACACUGGUUAUGUGUGGGGUUGAGGUCUAAUUGUUCCACACCAUACUCACCAAAGCAUGCCCAUAUGGAUCUGGCUUUUUAUGCUCAAGGGCACAGUCAUUCUCGAACAGCUUUCACUACUUAACUACUUACAAGGCAUUUUUAAUAUGAAAAUCAGGUUGUGCAUUUUUCAUUUUCAAUCCCAUAUGAUGAAAAAUGUGGUCUCUCAAGACUUACUCUUCAGGUGUGUCUUGUAGUUGGGGGGGGGGAGACAACAACUGUAAUGGCACCAGUUAACCCAACCAAACUGUGAUGUCAUGAAAGUAGGUCAGAAGCAUGUAAUCAAUUUCAGAAGCAAAGUGGCACACUGUUGUAAAUGUGCAAGUUUUCUCCUGUGGACUCUUCUGUUCAGUGCAUGCUGCAUGAAACAAGCAAUCAUCUGUAAUACUUGAUUGCAUGGUAUAUUGGCGGUGUCGCCCAGUACUGUGUAUUCUUGUGAAAAAUAAAAUUUGUAUUUCUCUUCCACCAAA